AUGCGCACGAUCAUUGCUGCUACGGCGCUUCUUGCCUGCCUCAGCCACGCAGCUCCUCAUCAAUCUCAUUCCCAACCCAAAGGCGACAUUGACCUCAAUUCCAUUGCACAGCGUCAUGGAAAGUUGUGGGUCGGUACCGCGGCCGAUAUCCCUGGAACGGCUGAGACGACCGAUGCUGCGUACUUGAAGGUUUUGCAGAAGAACUUUGGCGAGAUGACGCCUGCCAAUGCUAUGAAGUUCAUGUACACAGAGCCCGAGCAAAACGUGUUCAACUUCACUGACGGAGACGAAUUUCUCGAGGUGGCUGAAAAGUAUAAUGCUCGUGUACGCUGUCAUAAUCUGGUCUGGGUGAGCCAGCUUUCGGAUUUCGUCACGUCUACAAAUUGGACGGCUGAAGCUCUUACGCUGGUGAUGAAGAACCAUAUCUUCAAAACUGUUCAGCACUUUGGCCGACGCUGCUAUUCAUGGGACGUGGUCAACGAGGCCCUCAAUAGCGAUGGGUCAUUUUCGUCUAGUGUCUGGUACGAUACCAUUGGGGAGGACUAUUUCUACCUCGCCUACAAGUAUGCUCAGGAGGCUUUGGCGGAGAUUGGCGCCCAUGACGUGAAGCUCUAUUACAACGACUACGGCAUUGAGAACCCCGGAACCAAAGCGACUGCUGUUCUCGGACUUGUCAGCGAGCUACACAAGCGUGAAAUUCGUAUUGAUGGUGUUGGUCUGGAGUCACAUUUCAUUGUUGGGGAGACACCUUCCCUUGCCGAUCAGCUGUCCACCAAGAAAGCUUAUAUCAAGGCCAACUUGGAUGUUGUUAUUACUGAGCUUGAUAUUCGCUUCGCGGAAACUCCUUACUACACUGCAACUGUUCAGCAGCAACAAGCCGCUGAUUACUAUACCAGUGUCACCAGUUGUAUUCAGGCUGGACCUCGCUGCGUUGGUAUCGUUGUUUGGGACUUUGAUGAUGCUUAUUCUUGGGUGCCGGGCACCUUUGCGGGUCAGGGUGGUGCUGAUCUCUUUAAUAGCACUCUUCAGGCCAAGCCGGCUUAUUAUGCUGUUGCGGAGGCUCUAGAGGGGAAAACCUGCAGUGUAUGCUAG